AUGUUGGUCUCUAGUUGCAACACGAUCCUGACAGCGCCAGAGAAUAGGCACCAGAGUAGGAUCCCGGGAACCCGCAAAGAGGCCGCGUGUCCUACGGAGAUGGCUGAGCUCAAGCCUGGGGGUGGCGCCGCGGUGAGGGCGACCCCGGGGCGGGGACGGUUUGGCGAGGACUUUUGGAAGCUUGUGCCUGGUUUCUUCCAGACUGCCCCAGGAAUAGAUCCUGCUCAGAGGAACCCGUACAAGGAUGUGAUGCUGGAGAACUGCACCCACCUAUCCUCAAUGGGGUACCAAGCUCCCAAAUCAGAAAUGAUCUCAAAGUUGGAAGAAGAAGAGCCAUGUCUGGGGAAUGGGAAAAGGCUCAGUCAAGCUCAUCUGGGUGAAAUAGCAAAACCCAAGGAAAUUGAAGCCAAUGGAAAAGUCUAGCAAAAUGAAUCCCUGGAAGAGAAGCACCAGGAAUCUCAAAAUGAACUCUUUAGAGAAGUUGCAUUCAAGAAGAAAACUCUGACUAAGAAGAAAGGCCAUGAGUAUAGUUCAGUGGGAAAAAAUAAUACAAAUACAAAACAUAUUCCUUUCAAAAAAAGGCUUCUUAAAUUUGAUUCACAUGGAAAAAGUUUGAAAAAGAAUUUAGACUCACCUAGUCUUAUAAGAAUGUAUGCAAAAAAGAAACCUGAUUCAGCCAAAGAACAAAGGAAAACAUUCAGCCAUAUUGAUAAAAAGAAAGACAAGACUCAAACUGGAAAGAAACAUGAGAAGUUAUCCAGUAGGAGCUCAUCCCAUAAUAAGCAGGAGAAAAUUCAAACUGCAGAGAAAGAAGAAAAAUCAUCCAACUAUAGCUCAUCUCCUACUAACUGUGACAAAACUAAAGCUAGAGUGAAACCCUAUGAAUGUAAUGAAUGUGGGAAAGUUCUCAGCCAUAAACAAGGACUCACUGACCAUCAGAGAAUUCAUACUGGGGAAAAACCUUAUGAAUGUAAUGAGUGUGGGAUAGCCUUUAGCCAAAAGUCGUAUCUCGUACAUCAGAGAGUUCACACAGGAGAGAAACCAUACGAAUGUAUUCAGUGUGGCAAAGCCCAUAGUCAUAAACAUGCUCUCACUGACCAUCUAAGAAUUCAUACUGGGGAAAAGCCCCAUGAAUGUACAGAAUGUGGGAAAACCUUCAGACAUAGCUCAAACCUCAUUCAACACAUGAGAUCUCAUACAGGCGAGAAGCCCUAUGAAUGUAAGGAAUGUGGAAAAUCCUUUAGGUAUAAUUCAUCUCUUACUGAACAUGUGAGAAGUCAUACAGGUGAAAUACCAUAUGAAUGUAAUGAAUGUGGAAAAGCCUUUACGUAUAGCUCAUCCCUUACUAAACAUAUGAGAAUUCAUACAGGUGAAAAACCCUUUGAAUGUAGUGAAUGUGAAAAAGCUUUCAGCAAGAAGUCACACCUUAUUAUACAUCAAAGAACUCAUACUAAAGAAAAGCCCUAUGAAUGUAAAGAAUGUGGAAAAGCCUUUGGACAUAGUUCAUCUCUUACUUAUCACAUGAGAACCCACACAGGUAAAAGUCCCUUUGAAUGUAAUCAAUGUGGGAAGGCCUUCAAACAAAUUGAAGGUCUUACUCAACACCAGAGAGUUCAUACUGGAGAGAAACCCUGUGAAUGUAAUGAAUGUCAGAAAGCCUUUAGCCAAAAGUCACACCUCAUUGUACAUCAGAGAACUCAUACUGGGGAGAAACCCUAUGAAUGUAAUGAAUGUGGAAAAGCCUUCCAUGCAAAGUCACAACUUGUUAUACAUCAGAGGUCCCAUACUAGAGAGAAACCCUAUGAAUGUAAUGAAUGUGGAAAAGCCUUCCAUGCAAAGUCACAACUUGUUAUACAUCAGAGGUCCCAUACCAGAGAGAAACCCUAUCAAUGUAAUGAAUGUGGAAAAGCCUUCCAUGCAAAGUCACAACUUGUUAUACAUCAGAGGUCCCAUACUAGAGAGAAACCCUAUGAAUGUAAUGAAUGUGGGAAAGCCUUCAAACAAAAUGCAUCCCUUACCAAACAUCAUCAGAAAACACAUAUUGGAGAAAAACCUCAUAAAUGUAAAAUAUGUGGUAAAUCCUUUAGUCGAAACACUAAUCUUAUUCAACAUCAAAGAAUUCAUACUGGAAGAAACCUUAUGAAUGUAAUGAAUGUGGAAAAGCUUCCAGUCAGAGUACUAAUCUCAUUCAACGUCAAACAAUCCAUACUGGGGAGAAACCUUAUGAAUGUAACAAAUGUGAAAAAGCCUUUUGUCAUAGGUCAUCUCUUAGAAAUCGUGAGAGAAUUCAUACUGGAGAAAAACCCUAUCCUUGUAAUGAAUGUGGAAAAGCCUAGCCAUAUUUCAGCCUUUACUCAACAUCACAGAAUUCAUACUGGAAAGAAACCAUAUGAGUGUGUUGAAUGUGGUAAAACCUUCAGCCAGAGUACACAUCUUAUUGAAUAUCAGGGAAUUCAUUCUCGGGAAAAAUCCUACCAGUGUAAGGAAUGUCGGAAAGUUUUUUGCCACAGCACAUCGUUAAUCAGACAUUAGAGAACUCACACAGGAGAGAAACCCUAUGAAUGUACUGAAUGUGGGAAAUCCUUCAGCCAUACCCCAGCAUUCAUUCAACAUCAGAGAAUUCAUACUGGAGAGAAACCCUAUGGGUGUAAUGAAUGUGGAAAGGCCUUCAAUCAGAGUGCACAUCUUACAGAACACCAGAGAACUCAUACUGGAGAAAAACCUUCUAUUUGUAAGGAAUGUGGAAAAACCUUCAGCCGAAGUAUGCACCUUACUGAACAUGUAAGAAUUCAUUCUGGUGAGAAACCCUAUCAGUGUAAUGAAUGUCAGUAAGUAUUUUGCUAUAGAACAUCACUAAUAUGACAUCAGAGGACUCAUACAGGAAAGAAACCCUACCUGUGUAAUGAAUGUGGGAAAACUUUCAGCUUAAGCUCAGCCCUUACUAUACAUAAGUGAACACACACAGGGGAGAAACCCUACCAAUGUAAUACAUGUGAAUGAUGUUUUUUGUCAUAGUACAUCAUUAGUUUGACACCAGAGAACUCAUUUCAGAAAUUAAAUCUUAUUAGAGUAAUUAAUUUAGGAAAGCCUGCAGCCACAAUCAUCACUUACACAUAAGCAGUCACAGUGACAAGAAACCCUAGGUUUGUUAUGCGAGAAAAAAAAAACACACGGAACACACAUUUACUCAAAACUAUACAGUUUUUACUAAGAAGAAACACUAUUGCUGUAAUUAAUCUGGAAAAUGUGUUAGCAUUGAGAGGAAAGUUGUAAUGGAAUUGUUCAUCCAGAACUGACGUUUUUUUUAAAAGACGAGAAAAAACUGGCAUCAUUCAAGAUGAUAUUUCAUAAUUACAAAAUCCAGCUAAUAGAGGUACUAAAGUGGAUAUAUAUAUAUGUGAUAAUGCACACACACACAAAAAGCUUUCUAAAGUAGGAUAGUCAGAAAAUGUAAUGGGAAAAAGUGACAUUCACAAUGAAGACAAAAACUAAAAAUACCAGAAAGCUUAAAAUUCCAAGAUAUAUGACAAAUAGGUAAACCUGUUCUAAAGAAG